GUGUGUGUGUGUGUGUGUGUGUGUGUAAGAGAGAGAGAGAGAGAGAGCUGCGCGUUGGUGCAGAGUGGUGGUGAGUGUGAGAUGAUAAAGGCAGACCUGGAGGCUUCUCUCUCGGGGAGCAGUAGUUCAGCUAUUCAGUGUCGGGAUGUGUGUCGCUCCUACGGGAAGCUGCGCGUCCUCAGCAGCCUCAACCUCACUGUACCUCAGGGCCAGAUUUACGGCUUGCUGGGUCCGAGCGGUUGUGGGAAGACCACUCUGCUGAAGUGCAUCGUGGGAACUCUAAAGAUCUCUCGAGGUCACAUCAGCGUGCUCGGGAAGCCGCCGGCGUUUCCCGGACAUGAGGUGCCUGGAAGGAUGGUGGGAUACAUGCCACAGGAUAUAGCACUGUAUAACGAGUUCACCAUCAGCGACACGCUCUGGUUCUUUGGCCGAAUCCACGGCCUCUCAUCCAAAGAGACACGUGAGCGGAUGAAGUUCCUCAUCGAUUUUUUGGACCUGCCGCAGAAGAACAGUCUCGUCAGAAACCUCAGCGGGGGUCAGCGACGUCGCGUUUCUCUUGGUGCGGCUCUGCUUCAGAACCCUCGCCUCCUCAUCCUCGACGAGCCCACAGUAGGAGUGGAUCCUGUUCUACGAUCCAAAAUAUGGCAGCACCUAGUGGAGAUUGUGAAAGAAGGACAGGUAUCCGUCAUCAUCACUACGCACUACAUAGAGGAGGCCAGACAAGCCAACAUGGUGGGGUUAAUGAGGAACGGGAGGCUGUUAGCUGAAGCCAAACCAGAAGCGAUCAUGAAGCAGCACAAUGCAGCCACCCUGGAGAGCGCUUUUCUACAGCUUUGUGAGGACUCGGACCAGGGCGGGUCCCAGGACAGUUCCCAGGGUCCUGUGCGCAGUAACAGCAUGUCUCCAGACAGUCUGAAGGAUGACUGUAGGGAGCCCAUUUUAGGGAAGGAAAUAUCAGGAACAUCAGACAUCCACAAACUUAAAGUGGAUUGGAAAGUGAGAGCACGGCACGUCUUUCCAAAAUGUAGAAAUAUCACCGCACUGACGAUCAAGACCAUGGUGCGAAUGAGGAGAAAUCCAGGUUCGAUGUGUUUUCAGUUCCUGUUGCCCGUCAUUCAGAUCUGUCUGAUGUGUUUGUGUAUCGGCGGUGACCCUAAAGGCAUUCAGGUGGCUGUAGUCAAUAACGAAACCAGCUCGAGCUCCUACAGCCUCUCUCUCCUCUCCUUCCUUGACAACACCAGCAUCCACCAGGUGAACCUGCCCCAUUCUGCAGCUUUUGAAGGCAUCCAUAACGGGGAGUACUGGGGCGUCAUCGGGUUUGGCGAGAACUUCACCAGCUACCUGACCAAGAGGAUGUUGAACCCGAGAGUCUCCAGGAGCAUCGUCGAGGGGGGCUCCGUCCACGUUUGGCUUGACUUGACAAAUCGACAGAUAGGAAUAAUGCUACAAAAGAAGCUGCAUGAAGCAUUUCAGGCUUUCAUUGAUAGUAAGAUGGGCAGUCAGGCAUACCUAGUGUCUGUCCCAGUUAAGUUCGAGGAGCCGAUAUACGGCAGUCAGAACACUACAUUUACUACGUUUGUGACUCCUGGAGCUGUUCUGAGUAUCACUUUUUACCUGGCGGUGGGACUCACUGCUCUGUCCUUCGUCUUGGAGAGGAAAGAGGGGCUGCUGGACAGGUGCUGGGUCGCAGGCGUGAGUUCACUGGAGACCAUGCUGGCACAUCUCUUCUCUCAGCUCCUGGUCAUUAGCGUCCAGAUCAUCCUGCUUCUGCUCUUUAUCCUGCUCGUUUUUAAGAUUCCCAACGAGGGCUCCCUGGUGCUAGUCAUCUGCCUGAUUGUUCUUCAGGGUGUGACCGGAAUCUCCUUCGGAUUGGUCAUUUCCUCUGCCAUCGACGAUGAGCAGUCGGCCAAUCAGGCGGCUCUCGGCAUCUUCUACCCCAACCUCAUCAUCAGCGGUGUCAUUUGGCCGGUGGAGUGUAUUCCGUAUCCGCUGCGAUACCUGAGUCUGGCACUGCCUCAGACGUACGCAUCUGAAGCGCUGCGAUGCAUUAUGUACCGAGGAUGGGGUCUGUCGCGCAUGAUGGUGUGGCGCGGCUUCGCCGUCACCCUUGGCUGGAACACGUUCUUCCUCAUGCUGGCCACCAUCAUCCUCAAGCUGAGGACCUGAAGGACACCACCGCCGGUCACCAGAAGGUGCUUCAGAUGGUGGAGAGCCCCAGGCUUCAUGGACAAGACCAGGCCUCACACUCUCACUGUCUCAACUCUUGUUUAUUUAAUGAAGGCACUCUCAUGAGUGGAAGGAUAACGAUGACCAAUCAGAGUUGACUUUUAGCUUGAAGGCCGCCUCUGGUGGUCAGUCAGGGUUUGUUAUAAGGGCCAGAACCAGAACAAGAGCAGCCUCAGGGAAAGAUUUGGUUCUGUUUGUGCAUCAAUGGCAUUCCACCAGCAAGUACCAAGCUUCAGAUUUUGAGGCAUGUUCGUUCAUGGAAUUCGUCUUUAAAACUGAUAAGUAUUCGAAACCUCAGACAUGUUGUAGAAGGACAAUCUGGAUGCAUUUAGAUGUUACAGUUUACGUCAUUUAGUUUAAUUCCUGGCUGUCUACAAUUUGUAAUGUUAUAUAAUCUAAUAUAUAAUUUUAACCUUCCAGUCGCUUUAUUCGGGGGUUUGUAUGUGAGACAUGGCUGUAUUAUGGUUCUCUGCUAUUAUGUUUUUUUGAUUUAAUAGUAAGAUCACUUGUCAUUCAUACUCAGUUAAUUGGAUCGUCUUUUAAAUCCUGGCUUAAAACAUGUCACGGUUUGGAUUUCUCAUGUGACCCGACUACCAGGGGUCGAUGUAGAGCCUUUGCAAAGACCAACGUCAAAGUUCUGUCAGCUUUCUUUCUGUUUUCAGAGAGUGACCGCUGCUCCAGCUUUCGUCUAAAAGCCGCCAAAAGGAGGAUGGCAAACCAGUACAGUAAUUUUAAUUCCGAACCGUAGACAAAACAUGCAAAAGGAUAAUAGGACAAUAGCCUUAUUACUCCAGAAUCACACUGAAAUAUGUUUUUAUGUACGCAAGCUCAUUUUUUAUAUCAUGCUGAUCGAUGGCUUAAACAGAACAUUGUCAUAGGAUCUGACAGAGGAUACACACCUUGUCUCUUAGUUUGUUAUAUAAGUCAACCUAAGCAGUGUGAUAAGUAAUAAUCCACAAGGGGUCGUUUGAGUCCAACCGGGACUUUUGAUUGUGCCGAAUAGCAGAACAAUUAUGAGAGUAAAAACUCCCUUUAUUUCUCUAUAUAAUUCGCUGCUACACUAAGUGUUACACUAGUGCUUGGAUACCAUCAAGGUAGUAUGCCUUGUAUACUUUACAUCGGAAACUCUGGCCUCGCAGGAACUCUGUAAUGGCUCAAACAUGUGAAAAUGGUUUGGAGAGAGGUCAGGACUGUACGGGGGAUGUGGCGAUAACUCCCAGACGAGUUCCUGUGUGUACAGUUCUGUGUCUCUUCCACAAGUUGCCAACAAGUUAUCUGUCAAUUUUCCAGGAUCAGGUGUUUAAUUCUCAGAACGUUCACGGGAACGAGUGCAGUCGAGUCCGAGUCCCAUCACCGUACUGCCCUUUUAAUCAAUUUAACUCCCUCAUUCUUCAGAUAUUUCAUCAUACUGUAAGUCCGGGUUUGACUUGAAUGCCCCUUGUAUUUUAAACACGGCUUAUUUUAUUAUUAAAAUAAGUUUGUAGUUGCAUUAACCGGGUAACAAUUGCAAAUAUACCUAACCUAGAACCUAGAUCUUUCAGCAUUACUUUCUAGAUCUUAUGCACUACAUUGGACUUUAAACCGUCGUACAUCAACAAGCCAAAAAAGCUGAUCCUCACCACAAAAUUUGAUUGACAGGUGAUCUUAAGCAAUCAAGGAAUCUAAAACAAGCAACAGUUAACUAAAAUUUUAAUUCCUUUGCAUCUUUAUUUAUUGCAUAUAUGGACAAGUAUGUUUUUUUUAUUUUAUUUUUAUUUUUGUUUACAUUCAAAAUAACUUUACUAUACAUCUUUCUUUUCCUUCACUGCCUCAUUCUGGCCUCAAUCUGAUCAACAUCAAAAGCUGACAUCAAAAAGCUGACGUCCUUUAAUCAUGUACAGUGUAUUACGCUAUGUCUGUUCCGUUUGUGUGUGUUGUAACAACUCUGAUUGUGCCAAGUGUUUUGUGUUGGGGGGGUAUGUGCACGUUUACAUUAGUCUUAUGACCGAACCUGCAAUUAUUGUGAGCUGUGAAAAAAAAUAUUACAAAAAGAAGUGCAAGGAGGCAACGCAUGUGUACUGAAAAGAGUUCGCCAGGGCUACAAGCACAAUACCAGCCUUGUGCCAACUGCACCAGCUACAAUCAAUACAGUGGCAUCCUACUGAAUGUUGAAAGAUAUGAAGAAAUAUAUAUAUAUAUAUAUAUAUAGAGAGAGAGUAUAUAUAUUUGAUGUUAAUCACUAGCUUUAGAGUAUUUUGGUGAACAGUGUUAAAAGCUGAUGUGUUUUAUAAAGAUGUCUAUAUGAAAACUUUUUUUGUCUGUAAAGUCUUCUAAAGGUUUUGGCUCAUAAUUAAAAAAAAUAUAUGCAUUUAUGCAGUAUACAUGUAGUAAUUACUGAUCAUUUACAGUAACUCUUUAUAUUUC